AUGGUGACCGUGAUGGUGGUGUCCGCCAUGACGAUAACCGUCAUCAUCAUAGCCGUAAUCGCCGUAAUCGCCGUGCGAGUCGUGACGUGCUACGAGUUCCUCGAUUUCUUGACCGCCGCGCUCGGCGUCAAUCUCAUCCCGUCGAAACCAGGGUACGCAGUGGUUAUCAUGCACACUCCAGUAAGUUCCGUAUCGGCAAGUAUUGCGCUUGUUCUGGGUGUCGAAACCUGUCUUGGCAUCGACUGCAUGAGCGACGACGUCUCUAGAGAGGUCCGUGGUGGUAGCGCCCUGAAGAUCCUGCGAGGCCAUGUCACGAGUGGGCAGAACAGCAGCCCAGGAGCUGGGAGGGCCAACGCUGAGGAAGGCCAUGGCCGUAGCCAAGACGAGAAUGGAAGAGAUGCGAGUCAUGUCGAGAAGCCAGCCAUCGCGCUCAUUGGGCAAGAGUGCUACACCACACUCAUCUACAAUGUUGAUUUGAGCUCGAGCCACUGCGUCAAGUAUGCCAUCUCGAAGGCGCUCGGCUUGGGCAUCGUGGUGUUCGGAAGCAUUAUGAAGGUGCCUCAGAUUCUCAACAUCCUUAACGGUCGAAGCGCACGCGGUAUCUCUCUCUCGAUGUAUACCCUCGAAGUGGUGGCCUACACCAUCUCGCUCGCCUACGCCGUUCGGUCGCGCCUUCCGUUCUCCACGUACGGCGAGAACCUCAGCUUGACGCUGCAAAACAUGAUUAUCUUGCUGUUGGUGAUUGCAUACACUCCCAAUGCCAAAACAGGUCGUGUUGAUCCUUCGGCACGUUCCAACAGCAUCACGGUUGCAGCGGCGUUGAUGGGCAUCGGCUCGUUGGCACUGGCGACUCCCUCGGUGAUUCCGGCGUCUACCUUGACAUUCUUGCAGGCCUGCACGAUUCCGAUCUCGCUGGCAUCCAAAGUACCGCAGAUGGCCGAGCUGUACAAAGACAAGAGCCGUGGUCAGCUGAGCAGUAUCGUUGUGUUUGCCCAACUGCUCGGCACGAUUGCCAGGGUGUUCACCACAAUGACCGAGACCGAUGACAAGCUGCUGCUGUACGGAUUCGGUCUCGCGACGCUCUUCAACGCAGCGAUCGCAGCGCAGGUAGUAUACUACUGGAACGGAGACAAGGCGCUGGCAGAGCAGAAGAAGCGGGAUGGCGAGAAAAUUGGACUGCACACGACGUCGUCGGGCAUUGCUCCUUCAUUCGAGCCCUUCUCGGUCAGCACUCACGGUCCAUCCAAAAACAGCAGCAGGAAGAUCGACUGA